GGUCAGUCAAUCGGGAGUUGUGCAGCCGGAAGCUUGGAACCGGAGAUCGUUGGUCCAGAAAAUUUAAAGCGGAUUUGGAAUAGUGUUUCAGCAAAGUGCUUUCCAUACCCUUUUAGUAACUCAAAACUGUGACUUUCGAAACUGGCGGCUGGUUCGAAAGUUUCGAGUUCUAAAAAAUAUAAUUAACUAGAAGUAGCUCCGAAGAAGGAAAUCGAAAACACCGCAAGAUGUCACUGGAGACGGAGACGGCGGCGGGAGCAAAAGAUCAGCACCAGCACGACCAUAUCGACGAGGAUGAAGUCAGCGAACUGCAGAAGUCGCGCAGCUUCUACGAUCGGGUUCGCGAACAGGCAGAGCGAUUUGCCAGUACGCAAAUUGGCCAAUUCGUGAUCGAACGGGCGGAUCGGGCGCUGGUGAUGAUCGAGGAUACGGCCAAGUGGAGUCUGCCGCAGGAGAAAUCUGCUGCUCCCUUGGAACGUCCUUUGCCUUGGGGUCCCUUUCUGCUGCUCAUCAUCCUGCUGCGACUCACUCGCAUCUGGUUGUCGGUGGGAGCCCUGAUGAUCGGCAAUGGACCCGUAUCCCCCUCGGACAUGGUCUACUUCAUACAGACGCGACGCCGCAAGCUGCGGGCCGUCCGAACGCAUGGCCUGAAGGUCAUGAGGCAUCGUCAGCAGGAAGUGUCCUACGGCAGUGGCAAGGGUCUGACCCACAAGGUUACCCAGUGGUUCUCCCGGGCCAUUUGCCGUCCGGGAGUCCAGCAGGACAACAACACUCGGCCGGUGUUUGUGCGCCACUCGGAGCAGGGCUUGAAUACUUCCAGUGUUGUUAAGCGUCCGCGGGAGGAAGACUCCAAUGCCGAUCACGAUCCCGAUCAUAACCUAACCAUUGACCAGAUGCUGGCCAAGUACGCCAAUGAUAACUCCGAGGAUGACUCCGACUUUGUGCCCAACGAAGAGGAGGAUGACAGCAGCAGCACCAGCGAGGAAAGCGAAUCCGAAACCCACUCCAGCGAGGGAAUGAGCAGCAACGAGGUGGAGGAGCUUGUCGAGCAGGCCAAGCAGAAGCCAGCAAACGCGGUGGUGGAAAACGGAGUGCACAAGGCCGAAGAGAAGGAAAAUGAUAAGGGGAAACUGAACAUAACGACAACCAGCAAUGGCAACAACGACAAGGAGAAGGCGGAAGUUGCAGCUGACCAGCGGGAUGAGGAGUGGAAGUCUUCGCCAGGACACAUGAGUGCUGCCAUGAUGAACACCCGGCUCUACAAUAACACCGCGGCUGCAGCCAGCACUGAUUCCGAGCCUGAAACUGAUCCUGAACCCCAAUCCGAACCUCCAUCCCAAUCCCAACCCGAAAACGAAGAAUACGACGAAGAAGAGGAGGAUAGUUGCAGCACCAGUGGCAGUAGUCAAACCGGUAGCACCGUCUACCAACGGGAUGUCCAGGACAACGAGACCCAGCCAGAUACCCAAACUGAACAGAUUCUAGAUCCAACCGCCCCUCAACUAUCCAACUAUCCCACCGUCGACACCUUAACUCCUGCCACCUCCUCCGAAGAUAUAUUCUAUAGCCCUAUCGGUUCACCCACUUGCUUCAAUACUAGCCUAGGAACCCAGGCUCUUCUCAAGAGGGCCAGCAUCCAAUCCGUCCUGGCCCACUCCACCCCCACGUCAGUGCUGAAAGAUCCACCCACUGAAAUGGUGAAUGCCUCAAUUUCACAAACACCUGAACCGGAGCCACUACAACCUCAGAAAGAAGUCCAUACGCCAAAUCCGCAGCAGCAGCAGCAACAGCAGCAGCAGCAGCCGCAGCAACAGCAACAGCAGCAACAGCGUCAGCGCAAUCAUUCCCACCAACGUUAUCGUGGACGUAAUCGGCGCUAGAACCUGGAUUUAUCCAUGUCAUAUCGUUCGAUUUUCCUCCUAGCUAGCCAGCUUUUUUCCUAUUUUUUUACAUUCCCAUAUUGUUAGUGAAUACUGCGAGUAAAUCUCUGAACUUAA